AUGCUGCGUUUCCAAGCUCUUCUUGUGAUUCUCCUCAUAGCACGAUAUGUAGAAGGUUCGUGCUACGGGCGGUGCUUCGAGAAAUACGACCGAGCCAACUCCUGCCACUGCGAUCCUCAAUGGUCAUGCGAAGGCCGAUGUUGGGAGGACUACGAUCCAGAAAACCCCUGCCACUGCAACAAGCGCUGCAGGGAGUUCAACAACUGCUGCAGCGACUUCAACAGGAUCUGCAGAAAAGAGGGUGCUCGAGAGAACGUGGAAAAACCGGUAGUCUCCAACGUGGUGAAGCCGGUGGUCCCCGGAACAGAUGGCGGCACCUGCGAAAGAGGCUCGUGCGAUUCAGGAGAGGGAGGGAAUGUGGUGGAGCCUGUGGUCUCAGGAACAGGCGGCGCCUCUUGUGCAGCAAGUACCAGAUCGUCUGCUACCAGCAAAGAACUGUCGUGUCUCGCACAGCUCCUGUGGGAGGGCGAUGUGAACCGAGCCUCCAGCAGCCAGUAUAAGCUGAACCUGCAGGGACAGAUCUCAGCCCUAAGCCGACACCAGGACCUGGCCAGCGACAAGCUGUUCUCCUACGUGGACGAGGCUGCCCUGUUCAAGAAACCGACGUACAAAACCUACCUGGCUCUUCUCGACAACUACGUGCCCUUCACGCAGACGGACGAAGUGGUGACGUCAGCCGAACACGCCGAGAUCGACGCCUUCAUGGCCGCCAUACAGGGCACUGACGUCAUCACCAACCUGCACCAGUUCCUGGCGUACAAGGGUGAGAUUGACAUAUUUAUAUACAUCUAUAUAAAUUAUGUAUCUAUAUGUCUAGCGAGCUCGAACCUGGCGACCUUCAUGGCUGACCUGAGGGAGAUGUGGUUCGGGCUGUACUCCCGCUCCAGCGGCGACGCGAUGGACUCCAGCGGAUUCGAACACGUCUUUCUGGGAGAGUUUAAGAAGGGCAAGGUUUCAGGCUUCCACAACUGGCUGACCCUGUACCUUCUGGAGAAGAGUCGAGAGGCGGACUACUACGGCUACAUCUGGGACAAGCAGCCCAACAUCCUGGCUGUGCAGCUUCGCUGGGAGUCGCUGUACAAGGAGCUGGGCUCGAUGUUCUACGGCGCCAGCCCGGAGUUUGACCUGGCCAUGUACACCAUGUGCUAUGUCACAUCUCCCGACAGACUCUGCCGGUUCGACAUGGCGGGCGCAUCUGUGGGCAUUCGGACAUGGAGCUGGGGGAAAUCCAACUACGGCGGAAAACGCUACCUCGCCUCUGCUUAUCCGGUAUAA